AUGGCGGAAGCGGGCAACGACCAGGCCCUGGCCACGACCUUUGCCUUUGGCACCGUUGCCAUUGCAGCGGUCGCGGCGGCCUCGUUGCACCUGAGAGGCGGCGCCUCGUCGCUCUUUCGAGACGCGCUGAGGCUGGUCCUCGUUGGUUACCUUACGACUUCUUUUCUCUGGGCACUGAUAGGCUUCAUCGCUACCUUUGUCCAAAUGUCGGCUGUUCCGGGAUGCCAAGCCGCCGUCGCCUUUGCCGCCAUCUUCGAUCAGCUCGCGCGCAUUCUAUUGGAGGAAUUCCUCUUCUGGGCCAUGAAGUGCGAGAUUCAGGCCUCUGUCAGAGUACUGCUGCCUCAAGGAAUCUUCCUCCUGCGAUUCAUUCUGGGCGGGAUAUUCGUUGGCUUUCAGAGACCACAGUACAAACCUGUCUGUGUCGGCACAACCAUUGUCACGCCAAUCGCAGUCGUGCUUCUCGUCACUGAGGCUGCAAUCGUCGUGAUGCUCUUGAUACGCGCCUCUUCGGUUGGAAUCUUCAGAGACAUGCAGGAGAAGACCCCGGCAUGGCCUCGGAGCAGAUCACUGCUGUUCAUCACGCUGGCGCUGGGUUUGUGGAUUGCCCUGAGCAUCCCCAUGAUCUUGGGCAUGGAGUCCUUCGACCUGGUCGUCCGGACUGUGCUUCCCGCCAUUGGCUCACUCGUAGCGAUCGUUCUUGUCGCAGUCUUCAGGAACACCCUAAAAAGCUCACUUAUAAACACAUCGCAGAGGCCUCAGAUGACCGAAGGCCCCGCCAGUGACUUGCCUCCCGCCAAUGGAGGCUCAGUAACUCGCAACCUACCCAACCGAGAUGCCUCUCCUUCUUAUACUUCGAACCCAUUCACAGCCCCCCCUCGGGAUGCACCGUCGUCGAGCGACUCGGAGCGUCCGUUCGCCUCUCGAGACGGGACAACUGGCUUACCCAUCAUCAGCCGACCGAGCCCCGGACAAGCAGAUGCAGGGGUCGGGGGCGUGCCGGUGACUGGCCAGCUGUUUCCCCCCAUCAAGGCCCAGGCAGCACCGGCGGCGGCCAAGAGCUUCAACGAGCGACCGACCAAGAAGGCCGUCCUGAAAGGAGGCAAAGUCACGAUUUCUUACCCCGUGCCUAAUGACGACGAACCAGAGCCCCUGGGAAGAGUCCCCACCGUUGACUUAGCCACCGCAGCCAAGGAUCAGAAGGAACGGAGGGAUAACACUUUUCCUCAGCCUUCGUCAUCGGACUUGGUUGGUUCGCCUAAGGCCUUGUCACCAAGGGAAAUACGAAAUCAGCCCCAAAACCUCAAGCGCAAGGAGGUUGGGAUGUCCAUUGAUUCCAUGGUCGACGAUGCCAGGCAGUCGCCACAGCAGACCGAGGAGCCCCUGGCAAAGGCAGAAACAUCUUCUGCUCAGAUAUCCCCCGCAGCAGACAACGUGCGGCGACGAUCACCCAUCAGGCAAGCACCUCAGGUCCCUGUUCCGAGCUUUCCAGCUGAUAUUCGCCCAUCCCGGCAGAGGCCAGCGUCUCCUCCGAGGGAGGAACAGCCCGAGAUCGCCAAGACGCCCGUACAGCUGCGACAAAUGAACGGAAUACCAAAUAACCCCAGGGCACGAAUCCAAAAACCUGCGCCUAAAGACCAGGUCGCCCCGCAGGAAACAGUCGAGCUCAGCAAAGGCCCUAAGAAGGAAGAUUCCAGUGCCAUGCGGGGGGUGCAAGAUUCUUCUCCAGCUGCACCCAAAGAUGAGCGCGGCCUGAAGCAGAUAUCGCCGUCUGUUUCUGACAUGUCCGCUGCGGCGCUGCCGCCUUUGCCUGCACAGGGAGCCGAUCUCACCAAGCCAUCUCGUCCAAAGGAGGCUUCUGCCACCACCCACACUCCAGAGGCUCCCGCGCGCGACCCUCGUCCACACCACUCAACAGGCAAGUUCUUGUCAAAGUUCAGCCUGGAUACGACAUUCAGCGCCUUUGAUGAGCAGCAGAACGGGGUUUUUGAACCGUCGCAAGCCGCCUCUCAAUCGCACCGAUCACCUCAAGGAGGCGAGAGAAACAAGAAAAGACUGUCUUCACCCGUGAUUCCAGCCGACGAUCGGCAAGGCUCUUUGGCCUCGCAAAACUGGGAUGCCAACGAGGGCUCAAGGCGCGUUCACUUUCCAGAACCUGUGACGAAACCUCAGGCUGUUCAAGUCGCAUCAUCCACCGCAACGCCUGAAUCGCGAAUGUGGCUGGAGCCCAAUGAUAGGCGCCAUAUGGUAGAGAGCGCCUUGUUGACAGAUGACGACGACGAAGGCAAAGAGACCAUGACCGUGAUGCUCGACGUGCCAGUUGAGCAAGCUAAACCUCACAAGCAGGAUCUGGCUGGCAGCGUGCCGGAUCGCGGCUCUUGGCAUCGCCGAGUGGGCGAUAAAUGCCCGACAUUCUCGGACAGGAAGAGGAUGACAAGGACGCGACUUGUACCUCGGCCACCGCCGCUGCCCCUUGACAAGCCUACAAAGACGAGGAAAGCCGCCACAGCUGAGCUUCCUCCCUUGGAGACACCCAAACAGGCUCUGGAGAAGAUUCAGGAGCAGCUUAAUAGGCUCGGCGAACUUGUCGAGCCCCCGGCAACCGAGGAGGGUCAGCAGCAGCCGGAGCCGGAGCAGCCUCAAGAAAAUCUCCGACGAGGAACGAGUCUCCUGGCCGACCUCGAGAUGGAGAUGGGCAUGCAGGAGGAUCACUGGCAGGAGAUGCGUCGCGACUAUUCUCGAGUUUCCAUGUCGACCCUAGCAUCUUCCCCUAACACGGAACCUCCAUCUGCAAAAUUGGAGCGCAUGCUCUCGGCAGCUGCUGGCGCCGACUCUGCAGGCCUCGAAGCACCGAUUGGCCUGGAUGUAUCGACCCUGAAUCUUGGUAACUUGAGCAAACCUUUCUCCUCGCCCUCCGACCUCGAGAAAUGGGCACUCGGUGGCGAUAAGAACUUGGGCUCUAUUCAAGCUCCCCAAAUUGACUCGGCGAGGCCGCCAGUAUCGACAUCGCUCACCUCGUCACCAGGAAUUCGUCACGUCACCAGCUCCGACUUCAGCGAGCGCAGUACCGAUGCCGCGAUCCAGUCAUUGGAGCUGACCCCAUCUCCGUCUCGAGGGGAUCUGCAAAGGCCGGUGACGAGAAAGGCAUCGGAACUGCUUGGAAUCGAAAGCCCAAUGCUCCACAGCACUUCCUCGACCCCGAAAGAAACUCAUCCGGCUGAACGACCGCGCACAAUGAGACCCCCGCGACGGAGCAAGCGGAUGUCGUCGUUGCCCGACAUCUUGGAGGACCCAGUGCCCAUGGUAGGCAAACGAGGCACCCUUGGACUCUUCCAAUUCCCCUGGGGCGAGAAGUCAGACUCUGCUUCCGUUCCUCUCUCGAGCCAGAUGCAAGCUGCCAUGAACAUGAGUAUGGGCAUGGGUAUGCCUGUCAAUAUGGCACCCGACUACCCCUCAUCGUUCUUUGACGACUACGACGACGACGAGGCCGCAGGCGAUGAAUAUGGCGUCAGCAGCGAGGAUGAUGAAUAUGGCGAAGACGACGAUGAAGAUGAAGACGACGACGACGAUUCUUUCGACGAAGCGACGCUCUGGGAAAUCGCGAAUCUCCUCAAAUCCGACAAGGUCCCGUCCCGGGGUAGCCUCUUCCCCGAACAGGAAAGGGGGGGCCGACAAGAGCCCUCAUCGGGCCCUAGUCGACACCACGCCAGCGUUUCAGCAAUCGAGUCUCGGGACAGCGAGCCGCCAGUUGGGUCAUCCCGCGUCCCUUCCAAUGGAAGGUCGUCCUCGCGAAACCAGUCCAUGCAAACCCACUUGUGGGGCGGCAAGUCCAGCCACGCCUCGACGAUGCGUUCAAUAGGGUUGCCUCAACCCGACAAGACCUGGGAGACGUAUCUGACUUGUCCUGCUGGAACUGUUCGUGCUCCUAUCCGGGUAUUACGACCGGCCACUCUCACUAGCAACACACUCUGGCCGGCAGAUUCGGGCGAGCCCAUGUCGACGCCUACUCAGCCUGCUAUGGGCUUGUGGCAGUCAACCGUAAUAAUGUCGAGCUCAAGAGUUGCCGGACCUGUCGAUGCAGUCGACCUGAAACAACAAGAGACUGUUACCGAAAUUCUUCCGUUCUUUCUUGACGCCACUCUACGCUGGUCGCAGCCGAAGUUCCCCGAGCCCGCCAGUGAUGACUUGGCUCAACCAGACCAGGCUAUGGGAGAGUUGCAUCACGCCCCCGAAAACGCACCUGUCCAUGUUACGCCUCAAGAAGCCAGCCAAGCCCUGGUUGAAAGCGAACUGCUUCAAGCACCAGGUCCAUCAUAUGCAGUCGGCGCAGGUGGAGGUGCAGUGACGGAGACGGGUAGCGGUGAAACUGUUGCACUGUGGGUGCCUCCUGUGGCCGCCAAGGCUGAGGAGUCAAGGGGGUUGUUCCAGAUGCGUCAUGUCUGCGACAAGAAGGGGGAGAUGUCGACGGAGCCCGCUGCUUUGGAAAUGCGACCCAAUCCAAGGACGAGGCCUCAGACUUUGGAAAAACUGGAGUCGACAGGCCUCUGGUCCCUUCCACCGAAACACUCUUUCGCCCACGAUUGGAUUUCGCUGUCGUCCAUGAGACCGAGAACCCCGGAGGCCAUGUCCUCGGCCUGGAGCAGCCGGUCGCCCUUCACCGACGCCUCGUCUACCCACUCGAGCAUCACCAGGCUGUCUACGGCCAGUGGGAGCCUUUUUACAGGCUAUCUCGAGGAAACGGCUUCGUGCUCUUCGAGCCAGAGCCCGGCCUCGCAGGCUGAGUGGGCAGCAGCUCUCGCGGAGGCUCUCGCGGCCAGCAGCUCCGGCUCUGUGGUGUCUGUAUCUGCUCCGUCGGAAGAGGUUGCUGCGGCGAGCGAAUCUGUGUCGCCCGGCGGGGGCUUUGACACUUCGACGAUGCAUCCCGUCUUCCUGACGUCUGAUUUCGACACCAGCGUGGGCGAUAUCCACCCCGCUGCCCUGGGCUAUUAA